UUCAGAGAAAGUUGAAGCUACAUUUGACGCUUACAUGACAAAAAAACAAAAUCUAUUUCUACCAAAGGUAUUCUACACGUGCUUCGCCGCCAUAUACGCUACAACACCAGUAGGCCGAAGGGGCUGAUGGGAUUGAUGACCGUGAUAGCUCUGGGAACCAGUUUUCGUUCCAUGCUAGAACCCAGUUUCCUCACGGAUUUGUAUCACUAUGGUAACAGACGCUUUGUGAGGACAAAACAUCUUCUAUUCACUACAUUUCAUUGAACUCUCGUAAAGAUUGCAACAUGCCUCGCGAUCCUUACCCUUUUCCAAGACUUCAGAAUGACAGCGACUUCUGUGGACAACAAGGCAAACAGGUUUGUUUAACAGAACAAGAAGAUCUAUGAUUUAUUUCUUUACAAUCACUCGCGAAGCCUUUUGGGCAAGGUCCAAUAAAAUCAUUCUCGGAGUAGUAUUGAAGAACCAUCAUCAAGCCUCUAUUACACCAGUCAUCUCGACAACUUUAAGAGUGAUUAAGCUUAUUCUGCAGUUUAGAUAACAGAAAACGAUGCCGUUAGUAACCCUUUUUCUAGUGCGAUAAACUGAAUUAAUCUGUUGUAGUUUUGUUUACAAAGUUCCAGCUGUUUUUUGUUUUGCACUCUUUUCAUCACUAAGCUCCAUUGUACGUCCACAGAAUAGCGGCAGAUCUUGUCCAUAUUUCCUCGAAUUUGCUCAAAAUCACGAUCAUUUGUAGCUGAUGAUUUUAAAGAAAAAAAAAGUGAGCGAAACGCUUUCUUUUGGCGAGAAGAAGGCACGCUCGAGAGUCAAGAAUGUCGAAAGGAACGCGUGAUUCGAAAUGCAAACAUUAAUCCAUGCCUUUUACUCACGCGACUGUUCUUUUAACUUCGCCUCUAGGUUUGAUUUAUGUAUUCGACACUGUCAGUUUCUGGACUACAUUUUCUGUUUGAUUCUUUUUUAAACUACAGGUGAAAGAAAAAGGAACACUAAACAACACUGGCACCAGUCAAGAGGGUUCUCCGUGGGACAGACUCAAUAGAACAGCCACACUCGCAAGUUCGAGAAGAGAAAUUUUCCAUCACGAUCCACAGGUUACUAUAUUACCUAAAAACAUAAUUUGCUAGAUGAUGUAUUUAAUUUAUCAUUGGUUCCAAACAGCAAACAAUGGAUAGGUGUAAAAAUUCUUUAGAGAGCCUCUUUUAGUUAAAGUGUAUGGUCACCUCUCUCCUUAAUUGACACCUCCCAGUUAGUCCCUGCCUUUCUUCUGUCAUUUUCUGUAAGGUGGACAUCUCUUUUGAAGCAAUUUAGGUUUCUGGGAAACUGCCACCCACCCCUCCCCUAAGCUAACAUUAACAGUUACUUCUCACUUAAGGCAAAAUGAUGGCUUAGGGGAGGGGUAGGUGGGCAGUUUCACAGAAACAUACUAUCCGUGUCUGUCUUUGAGAGAGAGAGAGUUCACAAAGCUCCCCAAUCUUACCCUGGAAAAAGGAGUCUUGAUAAACAACUGUUGCGAUUGUUUAACAAUAAGUUAAAAUCAACUGACUAGCCUGCGAACAGCAGACGCAUUUCCGGUCGUCACUUCUCUCCCUCCGAAAAAGGGAGAGAAGCAAUGACUGGAAAUGCGUCUGCUAUUUGCAGGCUAUCAACUGACAGGAUGUGGUUCUUUUCUGUUGCAGGCUCCCAAUGACAGCUUGGAUUUUGUCAUCAAGUCAACCUACGACCAUCAUAAAGAGUUUCUUUCCUCAAAGGCCGAGACCUUAGUACAACAUGAAACUGUUGGUGUGCCGCAUGGGUAGGUGUCCUUCACAAUUACAGUCAACCGUCUAUGUGCAACCACCUACCAUUAGAACCGCUUCUAACAAACCAAAAUUUUUCCAGUCAAAGCCCUAUAAAUAGAACCUCUGAUAAGUGUCUAUGACCACUCCUUGCCUGAAAGUUUUACAGUUGUCAAACCUCUUGUAUGUGACAACUUGACACAUAAUGGUGUGUUCUUUUUGUUAACUGUGUGACUGUACUACACCACUCUGAGUAUACAAAGAACUUUCACUGACAACAUGGAACUACACAAUACUGAACUUGGAAUUUGAAUGCAACAAAUUCUAUGUCAAAGAGGGGAUGGAUCAGGACCUCUUCUUAGAAGGGGUCCCAGGGAGCAAUUUUUUGUAAGCGACCACUAAAUCUUCACAUUUUGGGUGGUCAUUAUUACGUCAGGAUUGACUACAGUGCAUCAAUAGCAUAAGAUUGUGUAAUAAUAUAUGAAGUCACUUAAUGAAUUAUUAAACAAGACAUUCUUGUAGAAAAGACCUGUGCACUCCCAGUUUUGAGCCUCAAAUACUUACAGCAAGGUUUGUUCUUAUGUGUAGGCGGAUUUUAAAGAAUCGACCACCACCAGAAGAACCAGUCACUUAAGUCACUUAAUGAAUUAUUAAACAAGACAUUCUUGUAGAAAAGGUGCACUCCCAGUUUUGAACCUCAAAUACUUACAGCAAGGUUUGUUCUUAUGUGUAGGCGGAUUUUAAAGAAUCGACCACCACCAGAAGAACCAGAAAUUGACCUGUAUAAACUGCCAAUGAUGAAGAGCACAAGUGUACAACGGCAGAGCAUCCACAGCAUCAAUGGAGCAAUAGGUAAUGAACUGACUGGUUUAUCCACCUGCUGGGGGGGGGUGGGGUGGAGGAGUCCCAUGCUAGGAAGCACUUCUUUUAAAAUUGGGUUACCUGUUGAACUUGUGAGCCUAACCAAUAAGGGAUUUACACUUGAAUAUACAAAUGUUUCAUGGAAAAAAAGUUAAAUAGCGGGGCUUCUAACCGAAUGUGCCCAUUCGAUCUUCCUUCGACCUAACUAAUGAAUACCAACUGUACAAAUGUCAUGUUACUGAAUGUGCCCGACUGAACCUAACUAAUGAAUACCAUGCAUGUUUGGCAUGCAGAUAACCAGCAUUUGAAACAGCCUGAUUUAACAGUAUCAGUAGCAAAGAAAACAGCCAACUUUGCAAUGUCACCACCGAUUUCUGCACAAAAUUACGUCUUAGGAAUGAGCACAGAAAUUCUAUAUUGCUGACAUGCAUGUCACUACCCAGAUCUGGGUAGUGACAAAAUUCCUCAUAUGUCAUUUCACAGGGAAACCAGUGAUGGCCUCAUGAAAAUGUCAGCUGUUUAUUCAGACUACGAACAAAUAUUGGAGCCGUUGUUUCUAAUAGGCACACUUAUCACCCACUAAACUUAGUGUGGUCAAUGCAUUAUAAUUUACACUAUUCCGAUGAUUGAGAACGGUGUUCUUUUUAUCCAUGGUCUAACAUAAGUAUGCUAUUUGAAUAAAAUAUCACUCUUAAAUUGCUAGAGCUGAACUUAACAAUCAAAUCAGCUUUAGCACAAGUCACAGAUCAAGAGGAAUUUGAAAUGUUCCUUAGUUAACCACUCUCAAAGCAUUAUUAAUACACGCUGAGCUUUCUCCUAAAAAUACCUUUUUUUCUUAUCAACAGAGAGUCACCACAGUGCAGCAACAAAUGGUGGAUAUUCCAGGAAGCAUGAUGGAGGAUUUUAUACCUGCUAACAGCAUUUUUGUGGACUAUGAUUGAGGAUUGUGAUGUUAUGGAAGAGAGAAUCAUACAAUAUUUUGUUAACUUGUUUGACAAGAUUUAUUCCUUUUUAUAGCCAAAAUAAGUACUAUAAUUUUCUGCUUGCAGAUUUUUGCAUAUUGCAUAAUAAUUAUUCAAUAAUUUUUUCUGUUCUUAUAUCAUCCCUGUAAGAAUCCUGAUUGUAAUAUUACAUUCAAUUUUAUUUUACCUUUGAAGUAUAGUGUCUAUACUAAUGUUUAGUCGUGACUUAUAUGUUUCACAAAAUUUUCUUUUCCUAAUAGUUCUUAUAGAACAGAACACUUUGUAGUUUUUGUAAUAAAUAAUAAUCAACUCUUAAAAUCUUUGAUGCUGCAAAAUAUUAUUUUGAUGAAUAAAGUUGUCCUGAUUCAA